UUAAACUCUAAAACAGUUAAGUUUUUGAUAAAAAUUUAAAAUGAAGUUUUUGGGGAAAUUUUUAAUAAUAUUGUCAAUCAAGAAAACAAACUAUACCUACUUUCUGUUUCCACUUAGAUCACAGAAAACUCCAGGAUUUCACAUAACCAUUAAUUGUACAAUAUUGAGGUCAGAGCGAUUGUAGCUAGUACGCCAGAAGAGAUCUAGUAAGAUCUUGUAGUCCUCCUGCCUCGACCGGAGUCGCUGGGAUUACACAGCAAACUGCUGAGACAAAUGGAAUUAAUCACUCUGAAGUUACACACACAAAAUCUAUUACCUUAGAAAAUUCGAGAAACACACAAGCAUGGCCCACCCCGGGACUCCCGGAGUGGGAAAGCAGGGGUUUGUGCAGCACUGGCUGAGCAGCCCCUGUCUGGCAGGCUUGGGUCAAGCAGGGCACUCCUCUUGCCCCUCAGGAAGCUUCCCCAACCCCUGUGGCCUGGGCCUGGCGGGCCAGACGACCACGCAGCCAUGACCUCUUGGAGGAGAGCGCUCCUGGUCCCACCUGCAUCCUGGGCGCUCAGAGAAAUCUCAGUGCAAGUGAAGGCACUUCCUGCCUGGGACCGAUAAUGCGCUUGGGGACCCCUCCACCGGAGCUCGGAAAGAAGCGCAGUUAAAUCCUUACCCACAAAGCCCGCCGCCAGUGGCUGUGAGCCCUAGCUGGGCUGCUAUCUAGAGCUGCAGCCGCGAGGUCCCCAAGCAGCUUUUGAAAAACAGGAGCAAGCAGCCGGUGCAAGAGGCCAGUCCGCAGUGCUCAGCUUGGCUUUGUCCUUUUCUUUGAAAUAGACCGACCCGGGCGCAGGGUGCCUCCGAGGCGGAGAUGGUGCUCGAGGUCGGCCGAGGACCCCAGACAAUGGCUCAGGGAUUCCUAAUUAGGCAAGACACUAGAAAGCCUCAGCGAAUAGAGAGAAAAACUGGGAUGAGCCCUCGGCUAGGCAUCCAACACUCCUGUUCGAGGUGGUCUGUUUCCUCAGCUUCCAGGAAGUUUAAGGAGACCUCGCAGGGAGAGAGCCGGGAUUAAAGCAGUGCCGGAGGGCAAGCAGAGCCGGCUGGUUGCGCUGCUCUCCAGCGCCCCUUGUGGGGAAUUAGCGCUUGCUCCACCCAAGUGUGCGAACUUCACCAGUUCCCAGCGCUGUGCCCAGGACUCUGCAACUAAAUGCCAAGAGCUUUGGUUUUUAGAACCACACACGCAUAGCAACAGCCCAAAAUGCCCUUGUAGGUAACUAGAACAUGUCACCUCAAAAAAUACCUCGCUGAUAAUCCAUAUGUUGAGCAAAACACAAUUAAAAUGAGCUGGGGAUGUAGCUCAGUGGUACAGCCUGUAUUCAGCAUGCUGUUGGUCCUGAGGUGGGCAAAAAAUAGUUCUCUCUCCUUCUCCUUCCCCACCAGCUCAAUACAGAGAGGGCAGGAAAAGAAUGGUCUUGGGGAGCAAAUAAGCCAAAGAUCUAUACAAGAAAAAACUACUGGAUAACUUACCUGUCCUGCACAUUUGUCCUGACAAAUAGAAUUAAUUACUCUGAAGUUACACACACAAUCUACUACCUUAGAAAAUUCGGGAAACACACAAGUAUGGCCCACCCUGGGGACUCCUGGAGUGGGAAAGCAGGGGACCUCCAGGCAUCAUAUCACAAAUUCACAACAGUCAUUUAAAACAUCUACAAAUUAGGUUGGGUUUUCCAAUCAAUGGAUUCAGGAAGUAUCUUCAAAGCCUUUCAGGCAUUUACUGCACUAAAAUUGACAGUUGUGUCUGUUCAUUCCAUUGUCGUAGCACACUUAUCAGGUCCUAGGAAAAGAACAAUGACAACAGACCCUGUCCUCAAGGAGCUGGCAAAGCUGUGAACAAAGACUAUUGUAACUUGGAAAUAGUGAACACAGAAAGUGAGGGAUAUGGAAAAUAGAUCCCAGGGAAUUUUCCUUACCUACAACUAUUCCCCUAAGUACCCUCCUGCCAGGUGUGUGGGGUGAUGUCUGUGAUGAACUGGUGCUUUUGUCAAUGCGGUAGAAUACACUAGAAGUUCAGGCCUCAGCCAGAGGGAAUGCAGGAAAGGCAAAUGGGGCGAGCUCUGAAGGGACUCGUAGGUGGACCCCACCUAUAGCUGAACUUGCUGUCCCCAGUAAAAGAACAGGUCCCAGGGAACUUCCCUUACCUACAACUUCUCCCUACUCACCCUGUCCUAAAUGAGCCCACCACUUUAUGAAUAGACAAAAUUCUUCCUGUGACCUGGCCCUGCUAAACCCUAUAAAAUUUACUCAGUGCCCUGUUGUAUCCCAUCGCCAUUUUCCCCUUGAAAAAUGUGCCCCUCAAGGGCUGGGGAUAUGGCUCAAGUGGUAGCACACUCGCCUAGCAUGCACGGGACACUGGGUUCGAUUCUCAGCACCACAUAAAAACAAAAUAAAGAUAUUAUGUCCACCUAAAAAAAACUAAAAAAUAAAUAUUAAAAAAAGAGAAAAUGUGCCCCUCCAUUGCUUAAUAGAGCAUCGACGAUCUGUUGAAUUCUGCAUCCCUUUUUUUGUAUUUGCUUUCAGAAAGUACACCUAAGUUUAAAAGAAGUAGCAGAAGGUAUCAAAAAGCAGCAGGCCUAGGAGGCCGGAGGGUGUGGCCUGGGUGUAAGGAAAACCUCAAGAUGUUAUGAGAAAAGUUGCAGAACACAGGGGACGGACCAAGCAAGCGAUCAGUCAGGAGAUGGGGCUGAGGCACUGAAGACCCAAACCAGGUAUGAGGCAGAGGAACCACCACAUCUUGCACACGGGAUGUAGAGAGGUCGAGGAUCUUGCCAGGCCUCUGGCCCAAACCAAGACCAGAAGACAAGCAAGGUCGAGGUGGGUGUUAACCGUUCAUUUAUCAACUGUGACCUGGUUCCCAAAGAAAUCAAAUAAGUUCUGUGGGUCUAAACGUUUUUAAAACUUUAUUUUGAGAUAACUAGAUGUGCGUGCUGUAGUAAAAAACGAGAUCCCUCCAUACCACAGUAUAGCAGCCCAUGUAGCCAUUGACAGUCUGGACAGUAUUUCCAGAGGGGUACUUUGUGUGCCACACACCCCAACUUUUAAUGCUGCCACAACUCGUCUAGCGGCUACAAUCCAAAGAACCGGUUCAGGCGCUGAGAGAAAGACUGGCAAGAGGUGCGGGGCGGGCCAGCAGACCAGACCUCGAGACUGCUCCAGUCUGCACAGAGACUGCCCUGCACGGCCACGCGCGCCACAGGCCCCGCCCCUUCCGCCGAGUCCACCAACCGCCGCCAUCUGGCCAAGCCACUGCUGCCGCAAACGAAAGCAGGAAGCGCGUGACAGCCCUCCUCUCCGUCGCCGUCCCGUCGGAGAUGGCAGACCUCCACCGCCAGCUGCAGGACUAUCUGUCGCAGAGCAAAGCGGGCAGGCCACCAGAAGCGGAGCAGCUACUCGCUUCGGAGACUGCUGAAGAGCCUGAGGCAGGGGUCGGACCGACGGGAGCGUGGCUUGGACGCGCUGGCCUGCGGUGGACGUGGCCGCGAAGUCACACGGAGCCGGCGGCGGCGAGCCAGGCGUGCCUGCCUAGCGUGACGCGCGGGCAGCAGCUGGCUGUGGGUGGAGCCUGUCUGCUACUCGCUGCGCUCUGCUUCGGUCUGGCGGCACUCUACGCGCCGGUGCUGCUGCUGCGCGCGCGCAAAUUCGCGCUACUUUGGUCGUUGGGCUCGGUGCUGGCUCUCGCCGGCGGUGCGAUACUGCGAGGCGGGGCGGCGUGCGGACGUCUGCUACGCUGCGAGGAGACGCCGUCGAGGCCCGCGCUGUUCUACGCGGCCGCGCUGGGAGCCACGCUGUACUCGGCGAUGGGUCUGCGCAGUACGCCGCUCACGGCGCUGGGCGCCUGCGCGCAGGUGGCCGCCCUACUGGCCUGGUUGGCUAGUCUGCUACCGUGGGGCGGUGGCACCGCGCUGCGCCUGGCGCUUGGUCGCUUGGGCCGCUGCGCAGGCCUAGCUAAUGCGCUGCCGGUGUGAACCCUGGAUCUGCGCCGUCAGGGAACGACGCGGAACCUCCCCAGAACCCUGCCGAGCCAAAGACUGCACCCGUCCACUCCCGGACUAUACCACCGCAGAACGUCCUGAUGACACCUGCCGCUUAGGGCGAAGGCGUCGUCCAGACGGUGCUGGCGAGUGUAAACCUUUAGCAGCUGUUUCAAACUGCGACACCAGCGGUUUCCGGUGGUCCUGAUCUCGCCGUUUCGUGCUAUCCUGGGUAGCAUGUGCUCUGAAAAGGAAGUUUUGUCGUGGAAUUGGUGCUGUGAAGCUGCUCUUAGAAGUUCUUUUUGCACUGUGAUUUUAGAUUGAGCUGAGUAAAAAAGGAAUGGCUCUGUGCAUUAGUUGUUUUUGUGGUUUUUCUCAGGCUUAACUUUUUGUCAUUUUUUUUUUAAUCCAGUGGUAGAUGUUGAGCUACAAUAGUUUUGUGUUUUUUUUUGGGGGGGGGGUGGCUGUACCUAAGACUUGGAAAUUAUUUUCCCUCAGUCUUCAGUGUAAAUGAAUCUCAGAAGAGUAUCAGAUUAAGCAUUACAUUUAACCACUGGAUUUAAAAAAGUAAUUAGUUAAGGAAAAAACCGAGGUAAACUGUCUUAAGAGAAAUUGUAAAUUUGGUGCCUUAUGUAACAUUAAAGGAAAAUUGGUCCUGAAUUAGAUAUGAAAGUAGGGGAACAAGAGAGUCAUUUUCUGCCCCAAGUUGCCUGGUAUCCAGUAAGAUGCCGGUAAACCUUGGAGAGGUCUCAGUGCAGAACUGGGCUAGCAAAUCCUGGGAACAGGAAGGUAAUUCUACUUUCAGAAUUCCCAUAUUUGUUGGAAAUUAUGGAUUUCUGCAGACUAUCACUUCUAAUUGUAUUUCAUUUUUAAAGCAGUUUACAGUUUAUUUGUCUUUUCCUUUAAGUUGUAGAUGUACACAGUACUUCUAUUUAUUUUUAUGUGGUGCUGAGGAUAGAACCCAGUGCCUCACAUGUACUAGGCAAGUGCUGGACCUAUGAGCUAUAAUCCUAGCCUGUAGUUUACAAUUUCCAUGGUGAUCCUAACACAGUAUAAAAUGCUUUUCAUAUAUAAUCACUAUAGUCCCUUUGUCUUAGGUUCAGUGGUUACUUUUUCCUACUAAAUUUAUUGCCAGAAAGCAGGGGUCCAGAAAAACUACAGGUUUUACCAUUAACUAUAAACUAGUAAAAUAUAUUUAGAAUUUAAAAGUUCUGUGCCAAUGGUUCUUACAUUUAACUGGCACAUCAGAAUUACUUGAAGAGCAACACUUUAAAUAAAUUCAUUCAGAAUCUCUGGAGGUGGGAUCAGGCAUUGACAUUAAAGCUCCUCUGAUGAUUCCAUUUCAGCCAAAGUUGCCCUGGCUUGCGCAGUUUGAAAAUAAUUGUUUUUUGGGGGACUGGAUUCCAGUGUUGCCCUAACAUACUGUGUCAAGCAGCAGAAGAGCACUGCUUCUUCCUCCAGUCCCCAAAUGUACAUUUUUCUGUCCUGAUAAUGUCCUGAGCCCUUCCCCAAGAUAUGAUACUGACUGAAGUGACCAACAUCCACAAGUGGGCUUGUGAGCUACCACCCUGCUUAGUACUUGCUAAUACUGCCUCCUCCCCUAUUAAUAAAUAGGGUUAUCUACCUCAAAAAGAUACAUUCAAGUUUUCAGGAGUAAGUUAUUUUUAUAAUGGGAAAGACUUGUGCCAUUGACUGCUCUUUCUAGUCCCCUAGUUAAAUUUCUAUUCUAGUUUUAAAUUUCUCUAGAAUAUGCAUGGCUGAGGAUUUUAGUGUUUGACAUAUUUUUAUAUUGUUGCUAUUAUAGUUCUUAAGCCAGGAUUUUAAAAAUUCUGUUUUCAGCCUGACACAGUAACACAUGCCUGUGUAAUCUCAGCUAUUUGGGAGGCUGAGGCAGGAGAAUCCCAAAUUCAGGGUCAGCCUAGACAACUUAGCUAAAUCCUGUCUCAAAAUAAAAUAAAAAGAGCUGGGGAAUGUAGCUCAGUGGUAGAAAGCUUGCCCAGCAUGCCCGAGGCCCUGGGUGGAUCCCUAGUACAGCAAAAAACCGAAAAUGUCCAGCAUUUUCUCAAUUCAUUGAAAAUCUUGUUUUCAAAGCACCUUAUCUUGUAUUUAUUUGAACAAUGAUGUUUUAAAAUGCCAUACAUACUAUAUUUCUGAGUAUUUUAAUAAAUGUAUAAUGUAGAGAUUUCUGUUUUUCUCUAAAUUCAUUCUCAAAAUGUGAUCUGGGUAUCUGCUUUCCCAGGAACCAGUUAUAAUGUUAAACUCUAAAUGCUAAUAAUUCCACAUGAAGGAAGGGAACCUAAUUUCUAUGAGGAUUUGGUCUCUGGAUCCUUUUAGCUUCCUGGAAUUUGAUUAUUAUUUAUUUUACUAAUGCUAUACAAGUGGAGGACAAAUAAAGAAUAUCCAUAAACCUAAA